UUCGAGCAGCUUAUUUUGCCUUUUAAGAUGCGCAACCGUUACGCGUAUGGUUACGACGUUAAGCGUGGAAUGCCUUUUUGGAAAGUCUUGUUCAGCUUUAAUUCAGUGCAGCCUGUGAACGCCGCUUGGUAUGACCAUUACUUCCGGGACGCGUGGUACAAUGGUGUGGGUAAUGGGCUGUACAAUAUUGACGUGCCCGAUCAUAUAAUCCACAGUGAGGACUUGAAGCCACGUGACUUCGUGAUGGUCGACAACAAAGUGCUCAGCAAAGUGUGUUGUUAG